AUGUCUGAUGUCAAAACCGGGACUGUGGAGACUUUCGAAAGUGCCUACAUCGCAGCUUGGAUCGCGUGUCUUUUCACGCUCUGCACACUUUGUCUACUUUACUGGCUCACGCUUCUGGCAGAUCGCCUCCAACGUCCUCAACGAUCCUACCACCUCCAUUGUCUUUCCCACCGUCCACAUCACGUCAACAGUUGCCAUGGUGCCUGUCUUCUCGCCGAGUCGACAGCUUAUCGCCACGGCAACCCACGUCGAAAGCAUCCCUUGCUGGUGGUCAACUCGCAUGGGGCGCAUCAACCGGAAGUGGACAAAGAUGGCCACUUUUGCUGUGAAAGUGGACAACCGGAAGCAGACUGUAUCCACCAGAUGCGCUCCGUUUCUAAGGCACUCGGCGGUUUCUGCCAACAGCACGACAAUCAUCAUCAUCAUCAUCAUCAUCAUCAAAAUCGCAUCUGCUGCGAUCAUUAUCUGUCAGACAGCAAAGAUGAUCGUGUAAAAUGGACGUCUACCGACGGUUUGAUUCAUCACCACACGCACGACAUGCAUGUUGGUCAAGAUGACAAGAAAAGUGGGCAAAGAGCUGGUUCCGUCUUGGAUCCGAUGCCAUUGUUCCACUUGCAGGAUUGCGUGGAGUCGGGCGUUGCUCAACGCGACACGGCCUGUUAA